UUUGUAAAAAGUCAAAAAUAAAAAAUAUCCUCCUUAUUCUCUAGCUAAGUUCAGCCUCUCUUACUCAAUCCAGGAUAACACCACCAUACUUCAUUGUUCAUGGCCAUCUCCAUAUGCUCAUCUUCAAGCCAUUCCCCAACUCUCCCCGCCAUUUCUCUCUCCUCACUCCCCACCAAAUCCUCUCUCAAGACUCCCCACCAUCUCCAUCCUCCUCCACAUAUCUCCUCUUCUUCUAAGCUUGGCAUUGGUUUGGUCUCCGAUGAUGCACUAACAAUUCUUGCAGCUGCCGAGGCAGUGGCACUCGCGAGUGCUGCAGCUCAGGCUGCUAGAGAUGCCGCGGUUUCGGCCUUUGAGGCCGGAAAGAUUUCGGAUUACAGAGAGAAUGGAAAUGGGUUGGAGAGAGAUUGGAGUAAUGUGUCAGGAGUGAGAAGGAAGAGGAGGAGGAAAAGAAGAAAGGGUCUGGAAUGUGGACAGAUUGAGAUGGACAGUAGUGGUGAAUGUACAGAGGUCUCAUUCAGGACUGCCAAGUCAGGGUAUUUGACCCCUAAAGAGGAAGCAGAGUAUUCUCUGUGUCUCAAGGAAGUAGCAAGGAUAGAAGCAGCGAAAAGGACGAUUACGGAAACCAGCAAGCAUGAGCCAACCUCAAAGCAACUGGCCAAGGCUGUAGGGAUGAGCAAUAGUAGUCUAGAUAAGAUUUUCUGUAAUGGAAGAGAGUCGCGGGAAAGAAUCAUAUGCAGUUACCGGAGACUUGUUAUCUCUGUUGCUAAUAGUUAUCAAGGGAAAGGAUUAAGCUUACAAGACCUGAUUCAGGAAGGAAGCAUUGGGCUUCUCCUUGGAGCACAGAAAUUCAAUCCAGAGAGGGGAUAUAAGCUGUCAACAUACGCUUACUGGUGGAUUAGGCAAGCUAUCACCAAGGCCAUAGCAAACAAGUCUAGGGUUAUCAGAUUACCGGGGAGCAUAUGUCAGAUGAUGCCAAAAAUUGCAGAGGCCAACACCUUGUUAAGCAUAAAGUUGCGGCGAUUGCCCUCCCAUGAUGAAAUCGCAGAUGUUGUUGACAUGGAUGUUUCAACUUUGAGACUCGUCUCCGAAAGAAACAAGGCGCCAAUUUCCCUAGAUCAAGCAAUUACCAACCAAGGUUGCAUGACAUUACAGGAGAUCAUACCAGGGCCAGAUGCAACAAGGCCAGAAACAAUGGUGAAAAAACAGCUGAUGAAGCAAGAGGUGGAGAACCUCCUCAAUACGCUCUGUGAUAGAGAAGCGCGUAUACUGAGAUUACACUAUGGACUAAAUGGAGAGAUCCCUCAGUCUUUCGAGGAGAUAGGAAGGCUAUUAAAGCUUUCAAGAGAGAGAGUUCGGCAAAUCAACCACAUUGCAAUGCUGAAAUUACAGCAGACCAAUAUGGUAGACAAUUUGAAAGUGUACUUGAUGUAAAUCUUCACCACUGAUGGACAAAAUUGUAACACACAGCCCACCAAGAAUUCAAAGACAGAUAAUGAAUGAAGGGACUUUUUUUACUA